CGUUCGGACCGCACGGUGCUGGAGGCCAUCGAGGCGCUGCUGAGCCACUUUGCCAAACGCAAGCGCGCCGGGGACUCCUGGAGCCGCGACGACCGCGGCCCGGGCCCCGCGGCGAUGACGACAUCGGCAGCGGACGACGACGACAAUGACGACAACGAGAUGGAGAACACCGAGGCGAUGGAGGAGGAAGAGUGGUGGGCGGUGGACGAGGACUGGGCCGAGCAAGGGGGCCCCCCCACGAAGCGGUGUCGCCGUGGGGGCGGCAGUGGGGGGGACCGCCCCCCAGACUCGGAGCUGAUGCAGGGCGCCCUUUGCCUGUCGAUCGCCAAGAUGAACGCGUACCGUGCCCACCGCGAGCCCUGCCUCCGGCGCUCGGUGCUCGUGGCCAACAUGACGCACCGGCUGAAGAAGGACAUGCGUGCCAAACGGCGGAGGCCCCGCGGUGCCGCGACGGCGACGACGCCGGCGCAGCUCCUCGACGCGAGAGCGACGACGCCGCCGGUGGACCUCGCGACCCGCGAGCCGCUCGUGCCCAACACUCCGCUGAGGGCUGCGUCUGCCGAGGUUGAUGCCGCGGCAGCCGUGCGGUCACCGGCGCCGUGGAGCAGCGGCGAAGAGUCUCGGCGCGGCGCGUUGGCGGCGGCAGCCGCUGCAGCGCCAGCAGAAGUGGCGGCACCGGUCGCAUGGCCUACCGAAGAGCUCUUCUGGAAGCCAAGCUGCGGCUGGGACGAGGGCUCGGAGCUGACGACGGUGUCGCUGACCGAUUCCCUGCUGCAGGCGGCCGGGCUCAGCGGCCCAGAUCCCGCGCACCUCGCCAUGGACCUCUCGCACACGCUCGACGACAUAUUUGCCAAGAUCGACACGGCGCUCUACGACUUUGACCUCUUCUCUCCGGGAGUGCUCGCGAGCUGCGCCGCCGGCAGCGCCAGCGAUGGCGGCGGCGGCGGCGAUGGUUGUGGUGGAAUCGCGCCGGUCUUGGCGGCUGGUUACGGUGGUGGAGAAAGCGAUGGAAGCGGAGACUCGUGGCUGCGGUGCUUCCCGGUGGCGUGCGGCAGCGAGGCGUCGGGGACGCCCGCGUCGCAGUGGAAAGCGGAGCUCUCCGAUUUGGAACACAUCAUGGAGGUGCUCGUGGGGUCAUGACACCAGGCCCAGGAGUUGUGACCCAGGCCCAAUAAGUUCCGUCUUAUUUAUUAAACAUGGAAGGUGUAAUUUUUGCAGAAGAGAAACCCGAACCAUUGACGGAAAACGCUGACGUUUGUGCGCGCACGCCUGAAAUGCGUUUUUUAAUUUAUUGUUUUGUUACUGUAAUCGUCGUUAUUUUAAACCUACAAAGACAAACGUGGGUAGUCACUUUUAAACGGUGGCGCGAGAUGAUGGAACCUCAAGCAACGGAACUCAAGCCUGACCCAACAUGCAACAGCACAAUUUACUCCAUUGCCAUGUGAUGU